AUGGCUUCAAUAGCUUUAACCGUUCUUACAUUAACUCUUGGAAUGUUUUUUAUAUUUGUUGGUCAAUUUAAAAUUACAUCAAAAUUUUUUCCUGAUGUACAUGAAGAUAUGAGACGUGAAUUUGGUCGUGUUAAUAAAGUAUUUCCAUUUUACCAAGUAACUGGUUGGCGUCCAUAUGCUAAAAAUUAUCGAUUAGCUGUUGGUAUUGCUGAAGUUGUUUGUGGAGCUAUUUUAGUUUUAAUACCAGGACGACUUAAACAAUUGGCUAAUGUGGUUCUUUUGAUAUUAAUGUUAGGUGCUGUUUAUACACAUUAUAUAUUACAUGAUAAAUUUGAACGUAUGGCACCUGGACUUGUAUUUAGUCUUUUAUUGUUGACUCGUCUUAUCAUUUAUCGACAAGUGGUACAACGAGAGAAAGGUUUAAGUGCAGAAAAGAAACCAAUGAAAUCAGAGGAAAAAAUAAAAGACGAAGAUGUCGAAGAAGAGUCGGAUGAUCAAGAAUCACAAAGUGACGAUGAAGAUAAACAAAGAGCACCGAGUGAUAAGAAAAAGGACAAGAAGAAUAUAUAA